AUGGGUUCAUUAUCGUCCACGCAGGAACGGGAUUACUCUACUCCAGAGGUCUUUGAUCCAAAACAUGGCAAGAAAGCGAAUAAAACAAUAGAUAUUGGUCAAAAUGGAACGACUCUAUCAGCCAAUAUUUAUGGACGUCGUAUGCUCCAUAUGGUGAAUGAAGCAAACGAAGGUUUUGGCUUAUGUAUUGGCAACAUUGGCUCGAGAACUACAGUGGACUUGACUCAAAUGAACACAGCCCACCUUGGUUUCGACACAAGAGUUGGUGCCGCGGUGCGUUAUGUCGCGAGCGUUGAUGAGAAAGGACGACUUAAUCAGCGAGCCCGUAUUGUCAACAAUACCAGUCAAGAGAUUCAGGUUGGGUAUCAGGUCAAUCUUCGAGUCAGUGUCCAUCGAGCCUCGUACGGACAACUUACUGAAGGGGGCCCGAUACCGUUACCGGAAUGUGAGAAUGCUCUCGAAGUCAAUAGCCAGGAAUGUUCUUUUAUCAUAAGGAAUAAAUUUAUUGGAGCGCAUCUGAGCGGCCAAUUAUACCUAGAUGGCGUUCCUGCACCACUGGUGGGCCUGACAAAUAAAACCCAGCCGGGUUUGUUAACAGGUGUGUCUACAGAAGAUCAAUCUGUCUCUAUCAAGCCAUAUUCAGAAGUCACUAUCGGCCUGAUUCUGCGUUUGGCACCCGGAUUGGACGAGAACAACAGCUUCCCAGAACACCUUUGUGUCAAUUCAAAGACUCCGGGGAGUGGAUUAGCGUGGAAGAGGCCAGAAACUGUUGAAACAUAUAUUGUGCGGCGCAAUGUUGACUACAUUCUCGGCAACUGCGCGAUUCCUGUCUCUGAAUCAGAAGUCUGGCGCCUGUUGCUAUUGACCCGGCGGAACUUGAGGUCUUUAGUUACACCAGCCGCGUACAAUCAUUACAUGCGACUUCUCGAUAAAACAAUCAAGGGACACUUAGAUUGGGUGUUUUUCAAGGCUGAAAGACCCCAUAAGUUCUGGCACAGGUCAUACAUUAUAACAGGCAAACCGAAAGAUGGGCCCGUGUACCAGCUCGAUCAACAGUGUUACCCUAUGCUAGAGCUUUGCGACUACUUCUCAGAGUAUCCCAAUGAAAAGAAAUUUGUGGAGGAGAUUCUUUCCUCUCAAGUCAUCACGGAAAUUCUCGACCACAUUACCUCAAGGCAAGACUUGGCUACAGGAUUGUUCCCUACAGAUGAGACCCCAGGCGACGAUGAAGUUAUAUAUCCGUUCCACUUUUCUAGCCACGUUUUACUCUGGUACACUCUUUGCCAACUGGCUAAAUUAAUUCGCUCGUUGCCGGCGACUUUAAGAGAUCCUGGGGAAAGAUUGCAAUCGCUUGCAGAUGAAGUUCACACGCAAACGAUGCAACACUUCCUAAUCGCCGACCCCGAUUCUGGACAUGUGAAAAUAGCCUACUUGGUAGAUGGUCAUGGCAAGCACACCUUCUAUCAUGACGGAAAUGAUAUCCCAACUGCCUUUGCUGCCAAUUGGGGAUUCUUCUCCAACAGGAAGGAUUUGGAGGCGUGGUACAAUACAAUGAACUACGCCCUAUCGGAGGAGAACAGUCUAGGGUAUAGCUCAGGAGGGUCUUUUGCAGGACUUGGAAGUGUCCAUUCACAAGGCCCUUGGCCGCUUGGAUACUUUCAAGAGAUGUUGUACGCAGACGUCAAAGGUAAUGAAAGGGCAAAAGCAGGUGCUCUACAGCGAAUUAUCGGUGUCAUGCAAUGGGACGGAACUUUUGGAGAAGCGGUAGACGUGAAGACAGGUGACACCACGAGCAAAGCCUGGUUUAGCUGGCCAGGCUCCAUGAUAGCAGGAGCUAUUAUAGCCGAUUCAGAGAGAAAUUAG